UUCAGAACAGCAUACUAUGUUGCAAAAAGUGAAUUACCAUUGGCAAAAUUUAGCAGCCUUUGCAAACUUCAAAAAGCAAAUGGCCUAGACCUUGGUUCCACUUACCUCAAUGACCAUGCUUGCAGAGAAUUUAUUGGAGCAAUAGCACAAACGACAAGAAACCAGAUUGAAAAGGAAAUCCAAGAAAGCAGGUUCUUAUCAAUUCUUGCAGAUGGCAGUACAGACACUGGUAUAAUAGAACAAGAACUGGUUCAUGUCAGAUAUGUGAGAGAUAAUGGAGACAUAUCCACAUACAUGAUCAAAUGUCAGCCAGUCAAGAGUGCAAAUGCUACAGGUGUUUUAGAAGCCAUUGAUGAGGCAGUGAACACGAUGGGUAUCAAGGAAGACACAUGGAAAAGGAAGGUAGUGUGUGCAAGAUUUGAUGGAGCUGCAGUGAUGAUGGGUGAGAAAACAGGAGUGGCUGGGAGACUGAAACAGAGGAUACCCCACAUCAUAACAAUUAACUGUGUGGCACACAAGUUAGAGCUAGCCGUGCUGGAUAGUGUGAAAGGCUGUGAGUACCUGGUGAAAUUUGAAGAUACACUGAAAACCAUCUUUAAGAUGUACUACUACUCCCCAAAGAAGCGAAGAGAAUUGGCAGAAAUAAGUGAACUGCUAAAUGAGAAAGUGGCACAUUUCAGUGGCCUGAAGAGCACACGGUGGCUUCCAAGCAGGCUAAGAUGUCUUAAGGCUGUGGAAAAAAAUNACACUUCCACUGUUAUUCACAUGGAGAAUAUGGGAGGAGGAAGUGAAAUUAAGCCAGAGGAUGCUGCCAAAGCAAAGGGGGUGGUGCAGGAGAUGAAGACUGAGAAAUUUGUUCACUUCCUACAUUUUAUGCUGGACUACAGUACCAUCUUAUCCAAGUGCAGUACUGAUUUUCAGCAUGACAAUUUAAACAUCACACGAACAAAUCAGUUAGUUCAGGGUACCGCAUCACGCUUAACCGAGUGA